AGACUGUGAUAUCGGCCCUAUUUGUAAUUUCUAAAAUUCCCGCCAUCUCUAGGAAAACUUGUCCGUCAGGCAAUUCACCAGAUUCCCCUAGGCCUUAGAAUCUUGAGGCGCGCCACGUUGGCGACUUCCGGCGUCGGGCGCCACGGAAAAGACGUACUACGGCGGCCAUUUUGCAUUAUCGGUUUUCGCGUGUGUGCGUGUGUACUGUGUAGUACGAUUGCCGACGUCCUCUUGCGCCGCGUAUAUACUUGGCACGUCGAGGAUCGUUUUGCGGAGCAGGGUCACCGAAGUAGCGACAAGUAAUCCGGCGGGAAGAUGGGCCGCAAGAAGAAGAAGCAGUCGAGACCCUGGUGCUGGUAUUGUAACCGUGAAUUCGAGGACGAGAAGAUCCUUAUUCAACAUCAGAAGGCAAAGCACUUUAAAUGUCAUAUCUGUCACAAGAAGCUAUACACUGGACCAGGGCUUAGCAUACAUUGUAUGCAGGUACACAAGGAGGCGAUAGACAAGGUACCGAAUUCAUUGCCAAAUCGUAGCAAUAUCGAGAUAGAGAUUUAUGGGAUGGAGGGCAUACCACCGAAUGACGCAAAGGAGCACGAGAGACAGCGAAACGGUGGGAGACCUGGCUCGCCAUCGUCCGGCGAGGAUGAACCGGUACAGAAAAAGGCGAAACCCGAGGGUUUGCUAGGUUCUGCGCCAGGUGCGAUGUCUGGUAUGGGGGGCGGUCUACCAGGGAUGCCACCGCAGCCAGGUAUGCCGCCGCUACCUGGUAUGGCACCCCACCCAGGUAUGGCGCCACAUCAUGGUAUGCCGCCACAUCCUGGUAUGCCUCCCAUGCAUCCCAUGAUGCCGAUGGGCCACGUAGGACCUCCAUUCAUGGGGCAUUCAGGCAUGAUGCCCGGCAUGUCGGGCAUACCUUCCGGGAUGCAGCCGCCAGUUUCAGGUGCAUCAAUACCGCCACGUCCGCUAUUCCCGAGCGCCGCUGCUGCAGUCUCGACAGUGGCGUCAUCGACGGCGGCGUCGGUUACCGGAUCUGCACCUCUUGGCACAGAUUUCAAGCCGAUCACAUCGGUGGCCAGUGGCGGUUCCAUAGGCCCAGUAAAGCCGACAUUCCCCGCGUACAGUAGCGCUGGCGAAUCCGCUGGCGUUAACACCGGCAAUAGUCUCGUCAGCGGCGAUCAGAAAGUAAAUCUUAUCGCGACCACUGGGGCCGCCAGUAAGAUCAUUCAUCCUCCAGAAGAUCUCAGUCUAGAGGAAAUUAGGGCAAGACUGCCAAAGUAUCAACGUCGACAAACCGAUGAAUCUGGACGAUCGACACAAGCGGAAGCAGCAGCGGCAGUGGCGGCGGCGGUGAGCCAGCAACAGCAGGUCGCCGCCCUGCAACAAGCGCAGCAGCAGCAGCAAGCAGUGCAGCAGCAGCAGCAACAACAGCAGCAGGCGCAGCAACAGCAGCAAGCGGCUGCUAAUGUGGCGGCGGCCGCGUUUCAGGCGGAUCAGCAGCAGCGACAGCAGCAGGCGGCGGCAUUGAACGCACUGCAGCAACAGCAACAGAGGUUCCAGCGGCCGCCGCAGACGGUCAUGGUACCGGCUUCAGCCGCAGCAAUGCCAGUUAGCUCGGUUGCGUUGAUGGCUCCCCUAAUGCGGCCAACCAUGACCCUAGCCGCGCCUGCUCUCAUUCAUGGAGGUAACAUGAUGCGACCGCCCCCCAUGGGCCUGCCGCCAGGCAUGCAUCUAGGGGCCCUACCACCGGGUGCCGCGAUGCAUCCGGCCUUCGCCGCUGCGCCGAUGGGCUUUCCUGGGCCGAUGCUGACGCCGAUGAUGCAUCCGCGCUUCAGAUGAUCGCCCCCCAUGGACGGGCCCAACCCCCCGCCGCUGCACUUCGUGCUGUGGGCCCGCCCCUAAUUUUUCGCUGGGGUCUGGACCUGACCGAGGAAGAGACACGUAGAGUCACAUACACAAACGAGAGAGGGAGAGAAAGAGAGAAAGAGAGAGAAAAAGAAAAGAGAUGAGAAUGAGAGAGAAGGAAAGCAGGAAAUAAUCUGCAUGGUAGAUUCUUCGGGGAGUUCCCCGUCAAUUCUCUCUCACGAUUUUUUUUUCUUUUUUUAUUAUAUUGCUGAGAGACGGAGAAGCAAAACAACACUGAGAGGAAGAGAGAGAGAGAGAGAAUGUGAGAGAAUGGAAGGAAGAAAGAAAGAAAGAAAGAAAGAAAGAAAGAAAGAAAGAGAGAAAGAGAGAGACACACGCACUCACAUAAUGUCAUCGAUGUCUGAGAGGAUUUCUUCGAAGAAAUCGGGUGCGCGCUGGAAACGGUCAGCUCUUUCGUUUUUCUUCUACUUUAUGCUACUUUAUGAAAACACAAACAAAAGGAAAACACGGACGCGAAACGUUAAUCGUCCUCAUCGACUGCGAGUUUGUGUGUGUGUGUAUGCGCGCACUUACGCUACGUUGGUCGUGUGCCAGGUGAGCUACAAACUCGAGCAAGUCUCAUCGCCUUUUCUACGGAUUGAAGUCAAAAUAAUCGCUCUGUAACAAUACCGUCGUUUGCCCUGCGCGAAAACUCCAGCACGAACUGUCUGUCGAUUUAUCUCGCAAUCUUUUAUUAUGCAUCGGACAACCAUUGUAUAGUACUAGUGGUAUGUCCGUCGAGAUUGCGUUUCUCAUUCUCGUCGCGAUGACAACGCGGCGCGCAAAAGACAUUAUCCCUCUUGUACGAGAAGAGUCAAUCUGAGGAUUUGGUGCGAGAGUUGGGUCCCGCAAUUUGUGAGAUCAAUUUAAAAUAAGCCUUUAAAAUGGGCCUUGCAAAUUACGGAUUUUACCGUUUUAUUUCUGUGACAAAUCCUCUAAUCGUGAGUUCAAGGUAAUUGUGACGCUGUUGAAAUUUUCAAUGACAAGAGCCUUUAUGUGCAGUUCAUUGAGUUCUUGAUAAUCCAGAUAUGAUUUUUCUCAGUUAUAUAAAGUUUUCUUAAAUUGUAUAAAUAAUGCGCACUGGUAUAUUGUUAUGAAAUUUUAAUGACUUAGAACGAGAAAUUAAUAUAAUUUAAUACAAUAAAAUUUAAAAAAUAUUAAAAAAGCAGAUAUAUUUCUUCGAAAUUCCUUGUUUUAUUUUGCGCAUUGUUACGUAUAACACGCAAUAAUUUAUUGUUAUUAUUGGUCUGAAGUCUUUAAACUAUUUGUUGAAAAAUCCAACUGAGUCACAUUUAUCCAGUAAUGUCGUGUAAAGUUGAUAAUUGACAUCGCAGUUCUUCUUGGAAAAUGAUUAUACCUUUAACAACGACAAGGUGCUACGCGCUUCCCCUCUUAAAGAAGUUUUCCUUUUUCGCGCAUUCAGACCGUUUCCAUCACGCGCUGUUCCCCUCAGCCUCCAUGCACCUGCAGUAUCCUCUUGGAAAGGCGCAAUCGCGGAUAAGGUGGCGCUUCACGCUGCAGCUGGAUGAUGAUUCACUAACAAUAAGUAGAACUCGAGAUGAGAGAGCAUUCUCGAGACAGUUCCGUUCCGUGACGUUUGAAAUUUUUGUUUCUCGACUUGCCUCGAGUAAACUCGAUGUAAAGAUUUCCAGAGGGAUCGAAGACGCGAAAAUACUGUCCAACUCUUUUCUACAAAGAGGAAACUAGACUUGAACUCACUUAAUUAUUUCAGCGAAAACACUUGAGAGAAAGGUUUAUUUUAUUUCAGUCUUUUGAGAAUUUAAAAGGAAAAUAACAUGAAUAAUAUGGGUUAUAGAUAGGUAUUCAUGAUAAUAUAUCUAUAGAUAUUUUAGAAGACUCGCGAGUAAGUUGAGAACCUGGUUUAUAAUUUGAGUCAGUUAUUUAUGACUUUGUUUUUUAUUUAAAAAAAUUUAUAUUUUAUUUUGGGUUAAUUUUACACGGCGCGUCUUCGAUUUUUUUCGUGAUAGAAUAGCGUGGUUUUUUUUUCUUUUUCUGAAGAGUAGCUUAAAUUCCUAAUGAUUUUUGUAACCACGAAAGGAAGUAGUGAUGACGGAGAGUCUCGGUAUAAUAACACGUUUAACUUGACCAGUUCUCACGAAAAUAUUAUAGAAUCAAGAGCAUAGAUCAACGCAAAUGAGAGAUCGAGUGUACAGUUUAAAACCUAUUUGCUAGCCGCAGUGUGAAGAUUCGGUCGCCUCAGGUUAGUCUGUCGCAAAUUUUAUUUUAUUAUUAUUCCAAUUCGAGCCGAGGCACCCUCGCGACGAGCAGAGGAUAAAAGAGAGAGCAUAAAAUUAAUCUACUAAACAAAAAAAUUGAUUUUUUUAGUUUAUUUUAUUAAUUUACAAAAAUAAUCUGUAGAACUUUUAAAUUGCUGUCUGGGUGAAAAUUUUAAUUAAAUAUUAAUAAGGUCUUAAUUUGAGAGAAAGAUGACACCCGCAAAUAUAUGCUAAUUUCGCGAUUUAAGAUAAAUGAAGAUGUUUAGAAGAAUGAAUAACAAGUAAUUUAUAUGUAUAAAAAAGUGAAAGUAGAGUUUCAAGAUUGACUUGCGAGGGUGAUUGACUCGGCUCAAGAAAGUCCUCUUUUUCCCUUUCUGCCAAAGGAACAAUGUUGGCGACGCAUGAGUGAGUGGUAAGUACGGAGGGUGCUCACGGAAUCGAACACCAGCUCUCCACACUCGACUCACGCCGUUUUCUUCACUCUUCCUUUACCUUCACGUCUCGCCGAUUCUCAUCGCCGAUCGUAGAGCGUACCCGAUCUCGCGGGCGGACUUUAACUCGUGAUUUAUUUAUCGUUAUUCUGAAAAUCUGCUUCUACUUUAUUCCGUCUAUAGACCUUCGAGCGCGAACUCGCGAUUCGUUCGAUAGCGUAGUUUUCAUAUAUUUAGCCCUAAUAGCACUUGAUAUUGCAUCUUGCUCUACGAUCGGAAUCACGCUCAAUUCUUCCUCGUCCUUUAACUUGGCGAACUUUUUCCACUCUGUCUACAAGACUCUUGGCACCUCCCGAACUUCUUUUAUCUAUUCUCUCGCGUUCGCCUUACAUCUCUUACCUUUUGUCUACUAUACGCUCUUAUUAGUUUCUACUCAGGGUGUCUAUUGAUAACGCUGACCGGAGUGUCCGUUUCUCCGCGAAAUUCCCGUUGCUUAUAUGUAUCGUUAAGUCCACCUACAAGACACACUGUUCCUACAAAGCUGUAAGAGAUAUUGUCCUAACUUUUUACGAUUAGUUGAAAAUAAUUGUAUCGUUUUUAAUGUCUUAGCGCAGUGGAAAUAUUUAUCGGUGUCGAUGUCGAGUUAAUUUUAAUCUUAAGUCAUCGUUUGUCUCUUUCCGGAACUAGAACCAAACUAGAAGAAGAAAAUAGAUCGUAUACUGGGAUCGAGGGGGUCACACUCGGCGAGAGCGAAUGCGUAUCGAUCGGCUUUAUACCGACGCCGAUUAAUUUCCCAGUUCGGCUCGUCGUCGAUCCCUUCUAGAGAAAGGGAGAAAGUAAAUCAAUUAUUAAUUUAGCAAAAUUCGAUGUGCGUGCCGUUCGUUGCGCGACCAAACUUAACUUUUCGGUCAACUUUCGUUCUAGGUUCAAUCGAUUGAUCGUCCUCACGGACGAAUAAUCGAUCCGAUCGGGCCGAGAUUUAAGCGAACGAUAACGGAAGAAUCGCCCGUGCAUAUAUAGAUCGUUCACGCCGUGAUCGUUCGUAAACGUGGGCGCGGUGACGAAGACCCCUGAUUGCUUCCUGUAUUGUUGUCUUCAGUAGGCACCCUGCUGCUGGUUCUCGUUCUUUCGACCACUCUCGCCCACCGUCAUCGUCCGGUAGUGUACUACCAAUGCCUCCUCGACCAAAUAAAAAAGAAAAGAAACAAAAAAAAAAAA